UGAAAACUCAAACCCGACUACUCCUUCUCCCCUUUCUCUCUCCUCCCAAAUUUCUCUCCAUUCUUUCUCUCUCUAACAUUUUUCACAGAUCUGAUCUGAAUCUGAUCACCGAUACGACAAUGGCUGGGGUCUCACCUCUUGCCAAAUACAAACUCGUCUUUUUGGGCGAUCAAUCCGUCGGCAAAACCAGCAUCAUCACCAGAUUCAUGUACGACAAAUUCGAUACUACAUAUCAGGCUACCAUUGGCAUCGAUUUCUUGUCAAAGACAAUGUACCUGGAAGAUAGAACAGUUCGAUUGCAGCUUUGGGAUACUGCUGGUCAGGAAAGAUUUAGGAGUCUCAUUCCAAGCUAUAUAAGAGAUUCAUCAGUUGCAGUCAUUGUCUAUGACGUCGCUAAUCGACAGUCAUUCUUGAACACUGCAAAGUGGAUAGAAGAAGUACGUACUGAACGUGGCACUGAUGUCAUCAUAGUUCUUGUUGGAAACAAAACCGAUCUUGUUGACAAAAGGCAAGUUUCAAUUGAAGAAGGAGAUGGCAAAGCUCGGGAAUUCGGAGUCAUGUUUAUAGAAACCAGUGCAAAAGCCGGAUUCAACAUCAAGCCUUUAUUUCGAAAGAUUGCGGGUGCAUUACCGGGGAUGGAGACUCUUUCUUCCACAAAACAAGAAGACAUGGUUGACGUGAAUUUGAAAUCUUCCGGUAACACGUCACAGUCAGAACAGCAAGGCGGAGGCUGCGCGUGCUAGAGAUGCUUUUUGUAACGGGUUGGUUGGUUGGUUGGUAAGUUAAUUUGUUGAUAAUUUUGAUUUGUAAGUGACAUGAUGAAAGUAAGAAGAUAUGUUGCAUUUUCAAUAUACAUUUCUAGAUAUAUAUCAUUCUAUCACCAUAGAGCAAUGCAUUCA